CCAUCUGCAUUUGCAUGUCCUGCACCUUCAGAUGAUUUUGUCAAAUCUUUUUUUUUAAAGCUAGACAUUUAGCUAACCAGGUGGGGGCAUGGCUUGCUGGCCAUGUGAUCUCUCCGCAUGGCGACCAUUGUAUCAGGAGAAGAGCCAAAUCUGAAAGAGUUUAAUAGUUUAGCUAAACAGUUUGUCAAGUCUAAACCAUUGUUUUCUCUUACUGGUUAUUUGGUAAAUUUAAACAACUACCUGUGCUAUUUUAAGAUGAUUGAUCGAUUUAUAUUUCCAGUUAAAAUAUCAGCCACAUAAGUACAUCAUUGGUGUUUGUUGUCAAAUCUCGGUUCAUGUACAGAUUUGGAUUUAUUUGUUUUGCAAGCCAAGUACCUACUCCAUCCAUUUCUAAAUAGUUGUACAUUUAGGUUUUCCCUCUAGGUUUAUAUAAAAAUAUAUCAACAUCUAUGAUACCAAAUAAAUAAAAUAUGAACACAUAUUUCAUGAUGGAUACAGUGGAGCCAAUUUGGUGUUGUAAAUCUUGGUAUGUUUUCUACAAAAAUGGUCAGACUUAGAGAAUUUUGACUUAGGACAAACCUAAAUUUAGGACAUUAAAACUGAGCAGUCUAGGAGAUCUCUCAUGCAUCCACUCUCCUGAGCCGCCCGAUCGUGUUUGGAUCAAUCCCUACCCAUCGGAUCUCUCCUUAGUUCCCGCUAAUUGGGCCGUAUGUGCUAAAUGACUGCUAUUCCUGUAGAAAAAUAUGUGGCCAUGUUGGCUGGGCUUUUCUCCCUCAGAAAUCCUGAAACCCAAUUAGUGUUGCCUUAACAUAGCCUAUUUCCACUUCUAGACUGACCAUGAAAAAAAUCAGACAACCAACCCAAUGCAACAGAUUCGACGAAUUUAUCAGGAACGCGGCAUCCCCAAUAUCUUCAAAAUAAUUAGAACUCACAUUUUCCACUAUGAACUGAUAUUCAUCUCUUACAUUUGCUGACAAACUUUUACUUCAUUUCAUAUACUCCAUAUAUUUGCAUCAUUACUAUCAUUCUGUCGUCGAAAUUGAUGGGCGCGGCACCUCGUGUCGUCGUGAUCUAGUACUAUUUAAAAACGAGGGAGUGGUUCAAUAUGGUGCCUUCUUUCUCUCCCAGAAAAAAGCCUUUGCACAUACAGUACUAAGAGACAGUGGCAAAAAAUAACCCUUUUUAAUGUACACGCCCCUUGUGGUUCUAGAAGUCUGCAAAUCGAUCCACAUGUGAUCCACUGUUGACAGUUUACUUGACAUUUAUGUUUACGGACACCAUUUUUUUUUCUAAAUCGAGGGCUUAGUUAAACCUAUGUAGAGUCAAAGGCGGAGGAGCCUAUGGCCAUGUGCCUGAGCAUCUGAUCUGCAUCUCGCUGGCCGUGCUGUAGGAUUAAACAAGCGCUCUUUUUUGAAACCACAAAAGAAGUGCGUUCUUGAUUCUUGAGCACUGAUUUGGUGCCUUAGAAUAACAAUUCUUGCAUAAAUUCCAUGUACUUCUGAAGAUGGGGAAGAAAUAACUGCUGGGGCGAAAACCAUGUGCCUGAUGCAGAAAAAUGGCAACUAUCAUGAAGAGCAUCCCGACGUACGCCUAUAUAUACGUAGCAGCUUCCUGUUAGGAUCCUCCACCCCUCCCAGCAUCUCUGUACUUGCAAAUCCAGGCGUUGAGGUAGCAAAGCCUAGUUGCUUAGCACUAAGGAUUCCAUACAUACAUGGAGUUUCUAGGCUUGCUAGCUCUUUCUGUUGCCGCCAUGCUUGGAGUUGUCGCCGGCAACGACUCAACCUGGAGCAGUGGCCGCGCCACGUUCUAUGGCGGCACCGACGCCUCUGGGACAAUGGGAGGAGCGUGUGGGUACGGCAACAUGUUCAGCGCAGGGUACGGGACGAACACGGCAGCACUGAGCACAGCGUUGUUCAACAACGGGCAAAGCUGCGGUGCAUGCUUCGAGAUCCGCUGUGCCGGUGGGGGCAGCUGCCUAUCGGGCUCCGUGGUCGUAACGGCCACCAACCUCUGCCCGCCCAACUACGGGCUCCCCAACAAUGACGGCGGGUGGUGCAACCCACCGCAGUCGCACUUCGACAUGGCCCAGCCCGUGUUCACACAGAUCGCCCAGUUCCGUGCCGGCGUCGUGCCCGUCCAGUACAGAAGAGUGGCGUGUGUCAAGCAGGGUGGCAUCCGGUUCACCGUCACCGGCCACUCCUACUUCAACCUGGUGCUCAUAGCCAAUGUUGCCGGUGCCGGUGACCUGAAGGCAGUGUGGGUGAAGUCUCCCAAGACAGGGUGGCUGCCCAUGAGCCACAACUGGGGUGCCAACUGGCAGAACGGUGCUAUGCUCGACGGCCAGCCACUGUCGUUCCGGGUCACCACGAGCGACGACCGGACCAUCACCUCGACCAAUGUGGCGCCUGCCGGCUGGAGCUUCGGCCAGACCUACUCCGGUGGCCAGUUCUAGCCGGUCGGCCAGCCGUGCAGAUUCCUUUUUUAGUUUCUCAGUUUGUCUGUCGCCGGAGGAUGGCUCUGUUUUGAAGUGGCCGUCCUCUGAGUGGCAGGACCUGUUUCGCUGGCUACCAUUUUUGCUCCCCGCGAGGCAUGUUCUGAUGUUCACAAUCGCCGGUCAGGCGUUUUUACCCUAAGUAGGCGCAUUAUGCAGGUAUGUUCUUUAGGUUUGUACUCGGGAAAUUAAGUAAUGGCUGGCAGUGGAGACGAGCACAAUGACUGGUCACCCGCCCAUGGGAUCAAACCGAUGGCUAUGUAUCUUUGCAUUCUAAAAUUAAUGGAAUGUGUUGGGAGUUUGAAAGAA